GUAAAAAUGAGAAAAUUUGGUGUUGGCGGCGCAGCUAACACAGCACGGCCACGCGAACACGAGGCACUCGACUUUCUGUCGAAUCUAAUGAUCGCUCAUGUUCCAUGCCCCAGUGGCAAUAUGAAAAUUAAAGCCGUUUAUCUUGGACUGAUGAUAAGAAGGUGGCAGGGCACUUCGAGAAAUUCAAGAAAAUGGUUUUUAAGAAUUUCGCGUGGCAUAGUGUUUUGA